UCAUCAAACCAUAUCAGUUCAUUUCUAUCCCACAGGAAAGAGCUGAGAAAGAGUUUGAUCAAUCUCUUAUUUUCAAAAACAAAAAAGCAUAAUAAUGGGUCUAAUGAAUGGUGUGAACAAUGAUGAGUACGUAAGGCUAUUAGGAGCAUGGCCAAGCCCUUUCGUGCUGAGGACUCGGAUCGCACUAAACUUAAAGCGUGUACCGUACGAGUAUCUCGAAGAAGAAGAUACGUUGAAUUCCGAGAGCGUGUUAAACUACAACCCCGUCUAUAAGCAAAUCCCCAUCCUCAUCCAUGGAAACAAACCAAUACGUGAAUCACUCAACAUCCUCAUGUACGUCGAUGAAACUUGGCUCUCCGGCCCUCCGAUACUUCCUUCUGAUCCCUUUGACCGUGCCGUUGCUCGUUUUUGGGACGUCUACAUCGAUGAACACUGUUUCACAUCGAUCAAUGGAGUGGCAGUAGCAAAAGACGAGGAGGAAAGGAAGACGGCAAUAGCGAAGCUAGAGCAGUGUAUGGGUCUUUUGGAAGAAACGUUUCAAGAAUGCAGCAAAGGAAGAGGCUUCUUUGGAGGAGACAACAUCGGGUUCAUCGAUAUCGGAUUCGGGUCGAUGUUGGGUCCUCUUAAGGUUCUAGAGAAAUUUACAGGCGUCAAGUUCAUACAUCCAGAGAACACGCCAGGUCUUUUCCAUUGGACAGACAGAUUCUACGCACAUGAAGCAGUCAAGCCUGUCAUGCCUGAUAUUGAAAAGCUUGUCGAGUUCGCUAGGCUUAAGUUCAAUACUUCAAUCUUUUAA